AUGGCAGACAUCGAAACGACUCUUGAGAAAGAUGCUCUCCGUGACAUAGUUCCAGAGAGCAACGUGGACGUUAAGGACGCCGACGAAGCAUUCCAGAUCGUGAAGAAUGAGCAUUCGCGGGUCACUCUCAAUCCGCAAGAAGAACGACAUCUUCUGUGGAAGAUUGAUCUACAUCUCAUGCCGCUGUUAAUGGCCCAGCAAUUCCUAGACAAGACCACAUUGUCGUACAGCUCCAUUAUGGGCAUCCAAGCACAGGAUCAUCUCGUCGGUCAAGACUAUAGCUGGCCCGGCACCAUCUUUUACUUUGGAUACCUGUUCUGGGAGUAUCCAGCCAACCUCCUCAUGCAGCGCCUCCCACUUGCAAAGUAUACUGCGGCCAACGUCAUUAUAUGGGGAGCCGUCCUCACGUGUAUGGCGGCUGCGAAAGACUCUGACGGCCUGAUGGUCGUGAGAUUUUUCCUGGGCGUGUUUAAAGCAUCUGUCACACCCGGCUUUGUUUUAUCCACCUCGCAAUGGAUGGUCUCGCUAAGCGAGAUCGUCUUCGUGCUCACCGGCCUUGUUACCGCACUCUUCGGUGUCCUCCUGCUGAUGUUCAUGCCCGACUCGCCCAUCACCGCGCGGUUUCUCACCCACAGGGAGAAGGAAAUGGCGAUCGAAAGGAUCCGAGUUAACAACCAGGGCGUUGGAAACAGAUAUUUUAAGUCAUAUCAGUUCCGUGAAGCAUUAACUGACAUCAAGGCGAGCUUUGUAUCGAUUAUUCCCUGA